CCCGUCAUCUCCGAUGUCUCCGCUGCCCCCGUCAUCUCCGAUUUCUCCGCUGCCCCCGUCAUCUCCGAUGUCUCCGCUGCCCCCGUCAUCUCCGAUGUCUCCGCUGCCCCCGUCAUCUCCGAUGUCUCCGCUGCCCCCGUCAUCUCCGAUGUCUCCGCUGCCCCCGUCAUCUCCGAUGUCUCCGCUGCCCCCGUCAUCUCCGAUGUCUCCGCUGCCCCCGUCAUCUCCGAUGUCUCCGCUGCCCCCGUCAAAUCCGAUGUCUCCGCUGCCCCCGUCAUCUCC